CUCCAACCCACCUGCUAUUCCAUUCCUGCUUCAUCUUCCUUGUGCCUCUCUUUACCCAUUGAUAAUCAUCCUCCCAAUACCUACUUGCAUUCAUGGCGGCGGCGAACGUGAUGUAUGUUAGUGUCAUGACGAUGCCGGUCGUAGCAGCAGCCCUCGGAGUCUACUUGCUUCACAAAACGUCGGCACCGGGCUUCAACCUCGAGUCUUCUCCUCGUGGAUUCGCCGAUGGUCGAAGUGGCAGCGGCAGCAGAGGGAGCGAGAGAAGGAAUGUGGUGGCGACUGGGGACGGAAGCCAGGAGGAGCAGCCCAAGUUAGCCCCGCAGUUCGAUGGAAUCUUCUGUUUUGAAACCCUGGUUCCUGCUUUUCGCUGAUCAACGAUAAGUUUGAUCGUAGCAUAAUUCAUUCUUCCUCUGGGCAUAUGUAGAAAACUCAGUUUCUCUCAAUGGUUACUGUACUCUUGUUGAACCACGCUGUUGUGCCUGCUGAUGAAAAUACAUGUAACUGAAGUGU